AUGGAGACGUCUGGUUUCAGCGAUGAGCAACUUGCCGUUCGCGACGCAAUUUUCAAAAUCUGCAGCAACUUCUCCGAUGACUACUGGAUGGAACACGAUCAGACGGAGACAUACCCACACGAGCUUCACGCAGCACUGUCCAAAGAUGGUUGGAUCGGGAUUGCUCUCCCUGAAAACCUCGGCGGAUCUGGACUAGGCAUCUCAGAAGCUACAAUGAUGUUGCAGACGAUAGCAGAGUCCGGUGCAGGUCUGGCAGGUGCACAGUCGAUCCACGCCAAUGUUUACGCAACACAGCCGGUAGCAAAGUUCUCGACCGAUGAUCAACGCGACCGCUUCCUUCGUAAGAUUAUCUCUGGCGAAUGGCGGACUUGCUUCGGUGUGACGGAACCCAACACCGGUCUCGAAACGCUGAAACUGAAAACCACCGCCACUCCAACAUCAGAUGGAUAUUCCGUCACUGGUCAAAAGAUCUGGAUCUCUUCAGCGCAAGUCGCCCAGAAGAUGGUUCUCCUCGCUCGCACAACACCUCUUGAAGAAGUUAAGCGUCCGUCGGAAGGUCUCUCAAUGUUUUACAUCGAUAUGGACAAAGAUCAUCCUGGUCUUACAGUACAACGAAUCAAGAAGAUGGGUGGUCGUGCUGUCGACGCCAACCAGGUCUUCUUUGACAACUACCCAAUCCCGAAAGAUUCUCUCAUUGGCGAGGAAGGCAAAGGCUUCAAGAUUAUUCUCCACGGUAUGAACGCUGAGCGAUGUCUCCUCGCCGGUGAAGCACUUGGACUUGGCUAUGCUGCUCUCGGCAAGGCAACACAAUACGCCAAGGAACGAAUUGUCUUCGGGCGACCUAUUGGACAGAACCAGGGCAUUCAACAUCCGCUGGCAUCCGCAUAUAUGCAUCUCGAAGCAGCAAAACUAGCGACUUACCACGCCGCCCGACUGUACGACCGCAGCUCGCCUGGUCAUCCAGAAUACGAUCAAAGCAUUACCCAACACCAGGUCGGAGUGGCAUGCAAUUCGGCAAAGUAUGUCGCGGCCGAAGCGGCGUUCACAGCAUGUGAGAGGAGUGUGAUGAGUAUGGGUGGAAUGGGCUACGCGGCUGAGUAUCAUGUUGAGCGAUAUCUGAGAGAAUGUUUCGUGCCGAGGAUCGCGCCGGUGAGCAGGGAGAUGAUUAUGAACUUCAUUGGCGAGAAAGCGUUGGGCUUGCCGAGGAGUUACUAG